GAGCCCUGAACUCGACUUCAACGCAAGGCUGAGGGCCAAGUCUCAUCCAGCCCAACGAGGUCAUCUACAAGGCCAACCGCGCGCGCACCGCCGGCUGCAGCUACGACAACGUCGUGCACAAGCCCAAGACGCAGACGCUCUCGCCCAGCACCCAGUUCUUCCGCCCGUCCCGCCGCGAGGGACUCUUCGCCGUCGAGUUCCGCGGCGCCAGCCUCAACACGACCAUCACCGCGAACGACGUCACUGUCGCCGUCAAGGACCUGCUCAUGGCGCACCCCGACAUCGUGGGCUGCGCCGAGACGUCCGAAGAUCAUGACCAAGCGUUUCUCCUCCGCGUCCAAUACGGCGCCGUCGCCGCGCCACGGAUCGGGCGCGUCGGCCACCAGUGGCUUCGAUGGCGAGAAUAUGGUUGAGGAGGAGGUGCGAAGGUUCCACCUCGUGGGCCACAGUAUGGGCAGCCAGAUCAUCCACAUGCUGGCUCAGAUGCUCGAGAAGGGCACGACCGGGGCUCCAGAGGAGGAACUCGACGUUACGUCGACGGUGACGUCGACGGCGUGCUGAAGCUGCAGAAGAUCUCGGACACGAACAUCCUCACGGUGCUG